AUGAGCAAAGGAAUAUACGAUUCCGAUGAGGAACUGUUCUUUGAGCCUCCCAAACUAUCAUCUUAUAGCAUGGCGAUCCUUAACGAAAAUAAGGAAAAUAUUUUGGCAGACCUUGAUAAUCAGGUAAUACCCGGGAUGGAAGAUCAGCACCAACCAGAGGAUAUUCUUGAUAAGGAUUCGGAUCUGAGAAUGAUGGACCCAAAUGAAGAUAACGAUUUGGUUCUAGCGGAUAUUGAAACAUCAUCACCAGCUCUCUUGAAAAAGGAGAACCAGCAACAUUAUAUUCAGCAACAACAACAACAACAACAGCAGCAUCAUAAAAGACUGUCACUUCCCAGAAAACGCUCAACUAUUGGUAUACCCAGUAGGGUGCACAAUCCUUUAGGACAUCCGAGAAGAGUUUCAAGCAGAAAGAGCAGCGGUGAUAAAAUGAGUUAUAAAGAUAGCAAUACAAAUAUUGAUAAUGAAAAUAUUCAAAAAGAUUCACAGAAGGAUAAUAAUGAAGCAGAAACAGCUAGAAGUCUUAGCUCACAUUCACAGGCAAGUCAUGAGAUUCAAAAUAAUCAUAAUACUAGCACCAAUGAAACCAGCGUUUAUGGAGAUAACAUUGAUUUUAAGAAUAAUAUAGGAAACCCAAAUUUUAUUUUUUCGCAUGAAACUUUGGUGGAAAAUGGGUAUGAAAAAAAUAUCGAUCCUCAGAAUGCACUCAAAUCAAAAACCCGCAAUACUAAUGAUUAUGAAGAACAGUAUCGUAAUAAUCAUGCUUUUGAAAACGAACAAGAACUUUACGAACAGCUACGAAAAGAUAGACUAUUGCAAGAAGAAUUAGAGAAGAAAAAGAUGGAAGAGUUGGAAAGAUCCAAAAAGGAGGAACAUCUUGAACAAAUGAGACUACAACGGGAACUCCAAGUACAAAAACAAAUUGAAGAAGAGAGAAUUGAAAGAGAUAAAAUGCUCUCGAAACAAAAUGAACAACAAAAUCAGCGGCAGCAGCGACAACAGCGACAACAGCCAAUUGAACAACAACAAAUUGAACAGCGGAACAGUGAGCAGCGGCAUCUUCAAAACGAUAGAAAUGAUAUAGAAUAUGCAAACGAUAAUAAGGAAAACAUGCCAGCUCAAAAGGUAUCUUUUGCUCAAAAACAGCGAGAGGCAUAUAAUGUGGUCACAGAAACUAUUCCUUUGAAACCGGAAUAUAACGAGAUCCAGCAGCAUAAUAUGAUAAUGGUGAACAAGGUAAGCUUUGAGAUACUUGAACUAAUCGGUAAAGGUGGAUCCUCAAAAGUUUAUAAAGUGAAAAAUAAAUCAAAUAAUAAGUUAUAUGCUCUCAAGAAGGUUCUAUUUGAUGAAUUUGAUGAAUCAAGUGCUGAAGGAUUCAAAGGGGAAAUUGAUCUAUUGGUCAAAUUGAGAGAAAAAAAGAGGGUUGUUCGACUAGUUGAUUAUUCGUUGACUAGUGGAUGCUUAUAUUUGGUAAUGGAAUGUGGGGAUGUUGAUUUUGCCCGCGUAUUAGGCAGUAGGUUGAAACUAUCACUAGACUUUGACGCUGUCAGAUUCUAUGCAAAAGAAUUAUUAAGAUGUGUUCAAGAAGUCCAUGAUGCAGAUAUCGUGCAUUCGGAUUUGAAACCUGCUAAUUUUUUAUUUGUGAAAGGAACUCUUAAACUCAUAGACUUUGGGAUAUCUAAUGUUGUGCCUGAUCAUACCGUUAAUAUUUAUCGUGACUCACAAAUUGGGACACCUAACUAUAUGGCUCCAGAGGCUUUAGUAGCAGCCAGCAAUAACAAUAAUGAGGGUACAUGGAAGGUUGGCAAACCUUCAGAUGUUUGGUCAUGUGGAUGCAUUAUUUACCAAAUGAUUUACGGUAGGCCACCAUAUGGCCAAUAUAAUGGUCACCAAAGAAUUCUUGCAAUCAUGAAUCCCGAAGUUGACAUCAAUUACCCCGAUAAGGGAUUAGGGGAUGUCAAAGUACCAAAAUCGCUAAUGCAAUUAAUAAAAUCGUGUUUAACUAGAGAUCCAAAGAAAAGACUGACGAUCCAUGAAUUGUUGGAUGGUCCAUUUCUAAAUCCAAGAAUCGUCACACACCAAUUCUUGCAAGACUUGAUAGGCUCAGCCAUAGGAUACGGAAAAACACAUGAAGAACCAAGUAAAGAAGAGCUUAAUGAAAUUGCAUUGGAUGUAUGGAAUAGAAUUGUGGGAUUGAAUUACUAA